AUGAACUUGAUUCCAUUUUUGGCUUUGUAUUAUGUGGUUUCAGGCUCAAAAAUCCGAAAACUGAUUGAUUUUCUGGAUAAAGAUGCUCCGGGGGACAUCGAAAAGUCUCCAAACUACAAUGAGGAAAGCGUGGCGUUUCAGAGAAACAAAAACUUCAAUCCUUGCCUUGAAAAUCGCGAGAUUUGCGCUAAUAAAGGCAAGUGUAGAAAUGAGGAUGGAAACUUCUAUUGUGUUUGUCCGGUUACUCACUACGGUAAAACAUGCGAACACGUGGCGGAUCAAACGAAUUGUGUGAAGAAUUUGUGUCAGAACAACUCGACUUGCGUUAGCACCAAAAACCGACGAUCCAUUGUGAAUACUGUACUUUUGAAGGAAUUACGGCUUGCCAAGGGGGUAAAAGAGCCACUUACAGAUAAGGAAUUGGAGGAAAUCGAUAUUCAAGUGGAUUAUGAGUGUAUUUGCCGAAAGGGAUAUUUUGGGGGAUUGUGUGAUGAGUCAGAAUUAGAGAGAAAUUGUCAAGAAGUUCAUUGUUUGGGCAGAGGAAAGGGGAUAAUUGAUAAGGAUGGAAACUGUCAUUGUGAAUGUGAAAAACAGUACUUUGGAGAGCGGUGUGAACAACUAUCGGCUUGCUACGAUACCCAGUGUGAGAAUGGUGGCAUUUGUGAGGAUCAGGUCGAUUUAGUGGAGCGGGGAGGGGCGAAAACCGUAACUGCGACGUGUAAAUGUCCAGGAACGGUGGAAAUCAUUGGUGGUACGGUAACUGGAGAAAACUGCGAAAAACUGGAGAUCCCUAACUCAAUACCCCAAGAAUUGGUCCCAUGUACUGAUGGCAGAAAUUCUGCGCUAUAUUUCAAGAAGCUGAUUUCUCAAAUUGAUAUUGGCUUGGACAAGGAUAUCACAGAACUUGAGACGAUUCAAAAUGACUAUCACGAUGGGAAAACACGAAAUGGACAAAUGACCACAUCUUGGUGUGAAAAUAACGGAAAAUGUGUGCCAGAAGUGAUAAGAGUCUCCACUUCCCGUGCCUAUUACAUCCACAGUUGCGAAUGUACCGACCCUUUAACCGAUGGAUACUAUUGUGAAUAUAAGCGACAUGAUGCCUGCUCAUUGACCCGAGAGGAAGUUGCUCGCGGAGCCCGUUGGGAUGAAAAAUGCACUGAUUCGAUGCACGGAGCGUGUGUAGAUAUCAAUGGGCAGGCUACUUGUGUGUGCAAGCCAGACUACACUGGAGACACUUGCGAGGUAUUCGAUCCUUGCGCGAGACAUCCGUGCAAACAUGGCGACUGUAUUCCGAUCCCCAGCUCUGCCGACGUGGCAUUUGGCACAAAUCGCUAUCAAUGUUUGUGUCCGUUAUCAGCGAAAUUGGAUACCGAGAAUAAUGAUUGUGUGGAGAUAAACGAGAAAAAGUGUGCGAAAGGAGUUUGUGGAAAUGGGAGAUGUGUUCCGUGUGAGAGCGAUAUCCCUUACGACGAUGACCUAAUGCCCCUUUGCAACCAUAAUGAGAAACUACAAGGAUUCCGUUGUCUCUGCGAUUCUGGUUACCUUCCACCCUACUGUAAAAUCCACACAAACCCGUGCUAUCACAAUUUGUGUCAAAAUAGUGCCACGUGCCAUGCCGAUCCGAAAACCAAGAGUUAUGAUUGUCAAUGCGUCAAUGGCACUCGUGGAAGUCUUUGUGAGACUGUGGACGAUUCGUGUGAUGCGUUUGGAAGCAAAAUCUGUGAUAACGGUGAGUGUAUCAACGACGAAUACUAUCAUCGCGGCUUCUCUUGCGACUGUUUCGAAGGUUGGGAAGGUCUGGAUUGUGACAUUCCUAUUGGAUCGAUGGUGAUAUGGUGGAGACGUCUGGAGACCCAUUAUCAAUUCACAAUGCCUCUAUUAGCCUGUUUUUUGAGCUUAUCAGUGAUUUUUCCACUGAUUUUUUGGAGUCGAAGGGGGAGAGGAGGUCAGGAGACGGUUAAGAAGGUGGAAGCCUAA